AUGGAGGCCCUACUCAAGACGGGUAACAUCACCAAGAAGGAUGUCCUUGCCCAUCCCGACCUUGUGCUCGACGUGCUCGAGUUCACCCACAACCAAAACAAGAAGGCUGAGGAAGAGGCCAAGUGCUCCAACGAGGCCCUGCCGCCGGAACAGACCAUCACCCUCAACGACUUGGUCAGCAAGGAUGAUCCCACCAAGGUGUACCUCAACCCCACCAAGAUUGGCGAGGGUGCCGCCGGCGAGGUGUUCCUUGCCACCGACGUCAACACCAACGAGCAGAUUGCCAUCAAGAAGAUGCCGCUCAACGCCCAAAACAUUAAGCUCCUGACCUCGGAGAUCCACAUCAUGAAGGAGAGCACGCACCCCAACGUCGUCCGCUACCUCGACAGCUACAGAGUCGAGGAUAAGCUCUGGGUCGCCAUGGAGUACAUGGGUGGUGGUUGCUUGACAGAGAUUCUGGAGCAGUUCGAAGAUGUCCAGAUGACCGAGGGCAAUAUUGCUUGGGUCUGCCAGGAGACUCUCAAGGGUCUCGCCUACAUUCACAGCCUGCACAGAAUUCACAGAGAUAUUAAGAGCGACAACAUUUUGUUGGGCUCCAGGGGAGAAGUCAAGAUUGCCGAUUUUGGUUAUGCGGCCCAGCUCACCCAGCAGAAGAACAAGCGCCAAACGAUUGUGGGCACGCCGUACUGGAUGGCGCCGGAGCUUAUCCGCGGUCAGGAGUACGACACCAAGGUCGACAUCUGGUCGCUGGGCAUCAUGAUCAUGGAGAUGGCCGAGGGCGAGCCGCCGUACAUGGAGUUCCCGCCUCUCCGGGCCCUGUUCUUGAUCACAACGAAGGGUAUCCCCGACCUCAAGGAGCCCUCGAAGUGGUCGCAGCACUUCCAGAACUUCGUUUCCCUCACCCUCGAGAAGGACCCAAGCGCGAGGCCCGACGCGAACGAGCUUUUGAAGCAUCCGUUCAUGAAGACGUCGACAGGCGGCAACGGGCUCGUGCAGGUGAUCGAGGGCGCGAAGAAGGCCGCGGCCAAGAACAACGAGCUGUUGGAGUAG